GAAUAUCUCUAUAAAUUGCUUCAUACAAUACAAGAAUGAAAUAAUGCAACAUAAUAAAAAGCUCCUAUAACAAACAAACCGUACCCGGUUUUCUUUCCAUUAACAAUGGCUUCUGUUAAGUUUGCUUCUAUGGGUGUCUUGAUGCUUGCAAUAUUUUGCAUGGUCAUGACAAAGAACGUAGGAGCUUGUCCACCUCUUUGUAGUCCACUUGAAUGGACACCAUGUGGCUCUUCAGAUUGUCGAUGUUUUCUUUUUGCUCCAUUUACAGGUUACUGCACAAGUGCAGGUACGAAAUCGGUUGAAGAACAUCCUAAUGUAUGUCAGUUUCAUGUUGAUUGCACAGAGAAGAAAACCGGAACCUUUUGUGCUCGUUAUCCUAAUCCUAAUAUUAAACACGGAUGGUGUUUUGCCUCUAAAUCUGAAGCAGAAGAUGUAUUAUUCAAGUUUUUCUCAAACUAUAACGUCGCAAAUGGCUUGGAAAAUAUUGCCAUCGCUUGAUAUUGACCAUGCAUGCAAGACAUGAUGCACCUAUCCAUUUCCCAAAAUAAACGAUCUUUGUUUCCAAUCUAUGAGUUGAAUUCCUUAGAUAUUCAUCAAAAUUUAAAUAAAUGUUGCAUCAUGUGUAUGGUUCAAGUGUUGUAAUGUAUCUGGUUUCUUUUCAAGUAAUUAAUGUUAUUGCUAUUAGAAA